AUGUCAUCGUCAUUAGUAUCUGAUGGAAUUCUCAACUUUGCAACACAAUUUUCGUUUUAUAGUGGUUUUAUUACAUUUGGCUUUGGAGUUAUUGGUAAUACGUUAAAUCUUCUCAUUUUUAUUCAAUUGAAAUUAUUUCGAACUAGUGGAUGUGCCUUCUAUAUAACCAUCGAAUCAAUUUCCAACUUAAUUUAUUUCUGUUUUAAUAUUACUAUAACUAUUUUACCAUUAAUAUAUGGAAAUGCUGCCAUAGGAAAUUCUAAUGCUCUGUGUAAAAUAAAAUAUAUAGUGGGACAAACAUGUGCACUCAUUCCUUUUUCGAUGAUAUGUUUUUCUGCUGUUGAUCAGUUCUUUUCAACAAAUCAUCGUUUCCAUUUAAGACAAAUGUGCACAUUGAAAUUUGGUCGUUAUUUUGCGUUUAUAUUCAUUUGUUUUGUGAUCAUUCAUAGCAUUGCACUUGGCUCCUCUUACAAUGUUCAACCAACAUUAGGAUGUGUCUUAUCGAAUUAUGUAGCGGUUCAGUAUUCAACAUAUUUCUUUUACCCAGUUUUAGGUGGUUUCCUACCUAUUGUAACUGCAUCAUUAUUUAGUAUCUUAGCUUAUCGUAAUGUUCGUCAUAUAGUUCGACGACAAUUACCAAUUGUUCGUCGUAAACUAGAUAAACAAAUAACAGCAAUGGUUCUCAUGCGUGUAAUUGCCUUCGUUUGUUUAUUAGUACCUUAUAUUACUUAUCGUAUCUAUGCCAUUAAUUUUCCUAUACCACCAAGUAUGCCUAUGCCAUUUGCAAUUGGUCGAUUGUUUCAAGCAAUUUUUAGUUGUAUCAACCUUAUCAAUUAUUUUAUCAGUUUUUAUAUCUUCAUAAUAUUCUCACCACGUUUUCGUCGUCAAAUGAAACUUGUUCUAGUAAAAAAAUGUUGGCAACGAUGGAAAUAUUGGUGUUGCUCCAUAAAUAAUCGAAUUGAACCUUUUAAUAUCGAACCACGCAAUUUAGAAGUGGAAUCUGUUGAAAGUAUCUAA